AUGUCCGAUAAACUUGUUAUCAAAGACCAUUCCACCCAUAAAUUCUCACCAGAUCCUCAAUUCAUUGCCAAAAGGUUGGCCCUUUUCCAACAGUUAUAUGAGGCUCAGCAGACAAAACUUGACAGCUUGGAAAAACAGUCUAUUUCGGUGGAAUUGCCAGAUGGAACAGUUGUUGAGGCUACUACCGCAACUAAACCAAUAGAAAUUAUAUCAAGAUUUUCAAAGGGGGAAUCUAGAAAAGCCAUAGUUGCACAGAUUUUAACCAGAGAUAAUACCAGUGACAUUGACCAUAAAAUUGGAGAAUUGUCAAUAGAUGACGAUGAGGGGUCAAUCAGCGGUAAAAAUGGCUGGAAGCUUUGGGAUUUAAAUAGACCAUUAGAAGAGAGUUGCAAACUUAAUUGGUUAACAUUCGAUUCAAAAGAGGGUUCCAAGGUAUUUUGGCACUCAAGCGCCCAUUUACUUGGCUAUGCCCUAGAAAAGUUGUAUGGAGCCUACUUGGGAAUUGGUCCACCCAUUACCAAGGGCUAUUAUUACGAUAGCUAUAUUGGCAAUAAAACACUUCAUCCCUCAUCGGAUGAGAAGAUUGAGGAGGUAAUAAACGAUAUUGUAGCAAAAAACUUGCCCUUUGAGCGUCUUGUAUGUACCAAGGAGGAGGCACUGCAAUUAAUGUGUCACAAUCCUUUUAAGCAAGAACUUAUACAUAAAAAGUUGUCGGAUGGGGAUAAUACUGUUUGCUAUCGCUGCGGUGAUUUCGUUGACUUAUGCAUGGGACCUCACCUGCCCUCGACUGGCUAUGUCAAAUCUAACAAGAUAAUGAAAUUUUCUUCGGCCUAUUGGCUAGGGGAUUCCAAAUCGGAUUCAAUGCAAAGAGUUUAUGGGGUUUCAUUUCCAGAUAAGGCGAAUCUCAAUAACUACCUCAAAUUUUUGGAAGAAGCAAAGCAACGGGAUCACCGUGUUCUUGGUACCAAUCUUGGGUUGUUUUAUUUAGAUUCCAACGAAAGUCCAGGCUCAUGCUUCUGGCUACCAAAGGGUGCAAAAUUUUAUAACAGAUUAAUCGAAUUUUUAAGACAUCAAUAUGCUUUGAGGGGUUAUCAAGAGGUUAUCACUCCAAAUAUUUUUAGUUGUGAUUUAUGGAAAAAGUCUGGGCAUUAUGACAACUACCGGGAGUCAAUGUUUAUUUUUGACGUGGAGGGAAAGGAAUGGGGAAUGAAACCUAUGAAUUGUCCUGGUCAUUGUAUACUAUUUAAGCAUAUGAACUUGAGUUAUCGUCAGUUACCCCUUAGGAUGGCUGACUUUGGGGUCUUGCACCGCAAUGAGUUAUCAGGGUCCCUAAGCGGUUUGAUAAGGGUACGUCGAUUCCAGCAAGAUGACGCUCACAUUUUCUGUACCCCUGAUCAAAUUAAUGAAGAAAUUGUUUCGCUGCUAAGCUUUUUGUUGAAAGUAUACGGGCUAUUUGGUUUCACUUGUGAAUUUAAACUAUCGACUAAGCCUUCCAAGGCAAUAGGUGAUACUGCACUCUGGAACAAGUCUGAAGCGGCCCUUGAAGAAGCUUUAAAUUCGCUUAAUUUGAACUGGACAUUGAACCCUGGAGAAGGCGCUUUUUAUGGCCCCAAAAUCGAUGUGUUGGUAAAAGACUGUUUGGACCGUGAUCAUCAAUGUGGAACAAUUCAACUUGAUUUUAAUUUGCCACAAAGGUUCAAUCUAGAAUACCGCGAUUCCAACUUUGAAGAAACAGUAAAUGAAAAAUCAGUUACAAACACAGAUAGUGAGAAGCAUACAACUCGCCAUGGUUGGUCCAGGCCUGUACUUAUCCAUAGAGCUAUUUUUGGUUCUUUGGAACGCUUUAUAGCCAUUUUGUUAGAACAAACAAAUGGUAAACUUCCUUUUUGGUUGAACCCUUGCCAGGCCGUGGUAAUACCUGUCGCUGAUCGCCAUUUGGAAUAUGCCAAGGAGGUUAAUCGCCUCCUCAUUUCCCAAGGCUUCAAUUCCAACAUUGAUGCCACCUGCAGCACUGUAAAUAGGAAGAUUAGGCAGGCUCAGUUGGAGCAGGUCAACUAUAUGAUUGUCGUGGGCGAUAGAGAAACUGAAACUAAAACGGUUACAUUGAGGGCUAGAGAUUCGCCGGAUCGACAAAAGACCACGAGUCUCCAGGAUAUGAUUGAGAUUUUUAAGGAACUAAACAAAUGGCCUAUUUGA